AUGUACUUUGUAGUAAUAGUCGUUUCCUUGACCAUCGUCACCAACGCCGCCAUCACCGACAAGAACUGCACUACUGCUGAUGGAAAGAUGGACGACAAAGAGUCUGAAGAAAAGAAGCAGGCAAUUAUCAGUAUGUGCCCAAAAACAUGUGGCUACUGCUGUUUAACGCCCGCAUACAACUGCGCCAACAAAGAAUCAGUGACACAUCCCGGAGGAGUCACUUACGCUCCUGGUUCAUGUAUGGAUAACUCUAAAACGUAUGUGUGA